AUGUAUUGCCGCUGCUUCUUAAGCCUUGGUUUAAAUCCACUUGCAGCAAAGAUCCCUAACAAGCGUUUCACGUUCAAGAAGCCUAAAUGGCCGCAAUGGGCUAGCCAACCGACUACGCUGCAGAUCUUUUCAGUCAAAGUCGCAAGCAUAAGGGGCGGCUUACAGUGGCCCCUCCAUGUGUUUGGGAUGGUUGCCAUACGAGACUGUGCUGAUCAAAAUCGCAAUAUGAUCUUUGAUCGCUCGAGAGAUAACUGUCAAAUUCUUACACAAGAGGUUCCAUAUUUGAAACUGACGGGUCCAUCGCGUGCUGUUAUGUUGUCCGACCCUGCGACCUUUGAGGUUAAUCUGAAAGUUAAGGGCGCUACUGAAUCGAAGGAUGAAUGCUUGAGUUUUCUAGCCAAAACCUACAUCAACUAUGAGGGCGCUCACUCACACCACCUUACAAGGGAGUACCAUAGCAGGCUUAGCACACUGGAGUUUGCACUUGGCUCUAUGUCUUUUUCGAUCGAGGCAACAAUCGCUUUGCGAAUCACCAGUGGGGAAUGGCCAAGUGGUUUCCGUGCAAAGUUUACUGCUAGUACCACCAGCAUAAGUUGUGCGGAAGUCAUCUUGCUUGAUUCUGGCGACGAUAAAGUGUCUGUUGUUGGUCAUGGAAGAAAUAUCACGCUUGCUCGUUCUGUUGUAUCUGUUGAACGUCUUGUGGAGCGGCUCAAGGUUUGUGCGAAGGCAUUGCAAGGUGAUCACAUUGUUGCUGGUAGACGAAUGCUUUUCAAGCCUCAGAGAGAUGGUGUGAGCGAUGGCACUCUGCGCCUUGGCUUCUGCACAUUGGGUGUUACUAUCUAUUGGUCGCUUAUUGGAUACUAA